AUGGCUACUGUUCGUGCUGAGUUGUCUUCUAUAGACUUGCUACGUCUUCUGAUGAGACCAAAAUUGACCAUUAAAAAUCGAAAUUUACCUGCAACUGUUUAUGUUUCGUGUCAAGUAUUGGGAAUCGAUACAAUAAAUGAAGCAACUAUGGAUUUCCGUCUGAUUUUGUUAGUAGUUGCAGUUUGGAAGGACUCGAGAUUGAAUUUAACGCAUUUAGUUUCGGAACAUGCUGGAACGUUUCCAAGUGAUUUAAAUAAAAAAAUCUGGAAACCAAACUUUGGAUAUCCUAAUACCAAACUGACUGAAGCAUUUUAUGACAAUACGGAAGUUUCUUCUGUAAACAUUCUAUCGGAUAAAUCUCUGAUUGGAGGUUUCAGAAUGAAUUUUUUAGUGGACUGUCCUAUGGAAUUGCACCAUUAUCCGAUAGAUGUUCAAAUAUGUCAGUUUUUAAUUCUUCCAGUAUUUAUUUUUCACGAAACUAUAAAUGCACACGAAAACAAAUCAGUUUCUGGAUUAUCCGAAAGACCUUGGUUGCACCAAGUUUGA